AUGAUGACUGACUACCAUGGUAAGACAAAAGAAUGGAUUAAUCUCUUCAUUUCCCUGAGAGACAAAAUGAAUGGUUACAAGAAGGCCAACAUAACACCUUAUAUGCAUAUAAUGGUGUACCAUAUUCCCAAAUUUUUUGAACUUUAUAAAACCGUAAAAGUCUUUACAGGACAGGGCGUAGAAAGGAACAAUGAUGUGGCCAGAAAUAUAGUGUUGCACAAGUCCAACAAAUUCGAUAGUACUGGUGAUAUCCUUAAACUUGAGUCAAGACAAUGGGAACUUAAAAACCAAGAGCGUUCAAAGCGCACAUAUGAAAAGAGAAAUGAUCAUUACUGGGAACAUGAACUGCAUUUGGCAAGGAAAGAUAAAAGCCGAAAACUUAAUUGA